AAAGCAAGAUAAGCUGGAUGUGGAGUGGCGCUUUCCCCAUAAAGGCAUGGAGCCCUGGCUCUGGUUUCUGAUGUGGAAGUGGGACACUUCAGGUUGCUAACUCGCCCGCUCAGCUGCAGCGUCGGGAUGGGGUUCCCCAAAGACUGCAGCAACAUUCCCAGGGACAGCCCCAGCGGGGUCCAUGUCAUCCAGCCGGCAGGCUCUCCCCCUCGAGUGGUGUGGUGUGACAUGGACACCGAAGGCAAAGGCUGGACCGUUGUCCAGAGAAAUUCUUACAACACAGAGAUCACCUGGAAGGAGUCCUGGAGCACCUACAAGUACGGCUUUGGGAACGUGCAGCAGGAUUACUGGCUGGGCAACGAGUACCUGUCCCUGCUCACGCGGCAGAACAUCUACAAGGUCCGCUUUGUCGUGGAGGACAAAUUCAACAACACCCGCUACGCAGAGUUCGACAUCUUCAGUGUCGAGGAUGAGCCCAGCGGGUACCCUCUGAGGCUGGGCAGGUACUCUGGGGACGGCGAGGACUAUCUCACCACCUACCACUCCGGCCUGGGGGGCAUACACGACAAUAUGAAGUUCAGCACGACUGACAAGGAUCAGGACCAGGCCAGUGGGAAUUGCGCAAGUAGCUAUGGAGGCUGGUGGUACGACAAGUGUCAGAACGUCCUGCUCAAUGGGAAAGGCUACAUCUACUGGGCAGGGUUCUGUAAGAGUGGGGAGUGCAAGUCUUCCCUCAUCCUGGUUAAGCCAACAGACGUGUGCUGUGUCCGGCAGGAGGAGCCCAUCCUCCUUGGGAGCCGGCGCCGCUAAGAAGGGGAGACAAUAUUAAAUCAGACACGGCGCGCCAUCCCCCACCUAAUCAGUGCAGUCCCUGCAAUGCCUCCACUCUGCUCACCCCCUUCCCUGUUGGCUUCUGCACGGUAAAUUCGCUGGAAUAAAUGCUGAGAGCUGACCCAGCUGGUGCGUUCGAAGGACACGAAGAGUGUGAUUGGUGUGUAUAACUGGACCCCCACUUCCACUCUGCCUCGCUGGAAGCCAUGUCACUCACUACAACUUUAGACCCACAUUAACCUCUGCUUCUCCCAACCCUGCCACUGCCCCUUGGCAUUAGUGAUCAAUGAAUCAUGACACUGGAUUUCUAGCAACUGUAAUUGAGCAUUUAAAUGGGAAGAUGACUCAAACCCAGGACUUUACAUCUUAAUCCUUCAUGUAUUAGCAGUGGUGAGUUUGGGUUCAAAAACCUGGCCUCUGUGUUUUUAAUAAAUAUGGUUAUUACAUGAGAAAACAUUGCAACAGUAAUUAGUUGCUGAUGAACCAUUGAGAUUAGAUAGACGUGCAACGAAACCGCACAAUAAAGAUAUUGGUGUCCCUCUUCAACCCAAGGGACUAGUCAAAGUUUGGGGCCCUGGGGAUGUUCCAGUGGGGAUCAGAAAUUGGCAAUGGAGUCUGGGGGCUAGUUUCUGGGCACACGCCAUCAUGGCUUGUUCUACAUGAGGCCCCCUUACCUGUUGCUUCCAGCUGUCUUAAAUGAAGAGUGUAUCCUCACAGCUGUGUCAAUGAGAUUUUAACUCCACCCAUCACAAGGUAUAAUCCAGCUCCUAGCAGUGUAUUUAUCUGUCAGGCUGACGUCCUCUGAGCAUCUCUGAGCAUUUCCUGCCUGUUUGGCUUCAGUCACUUCAAUCAAAGUUCAUUGUGACCAGAUGCUGAACACCAUUAAUGCUAACAGCCAAGGGCAGGAGCACCCCCCGAACAGGGAACGAACAGGCUAAAGAAUAACGCCAUGGAUUCAAGUCAGCUGGGCCUGAUGAAGUUCACCCUCGGGCAGGGCUCCCAAAUUGUGGGCUAUAGCCCAAAGAUGGGCCAUGACGUAGCCCUGGCUGGUCCACUGGCAGGGGUGAAGAUGGGGGGGAAUGUGAAGGGGUGUUGCCCCCCCCCCAAACUGCAUCUUUCCAUUCCCCUCCUGACCAUGGCCCUUCAGUGCAUCCCCAGGACACAAGGCCCUGUCUAAUUGGCCUUCCUGACAGAGCCUGCAUGGAGAGCGUGCGUAGGAGGGAGUUUGGGGGGGCAGGUUUGGAAAGAGGGAUAUUUUCAGGGGGAGGGAAGCUGGGAGCCGCUGAGGUGCAGCUGGAAGGUUUCCUCCUCCCUCCUCAGCAUCUGGGGUGCAGACAGGGGGGAGGGGGUUGCUAUUUUCCAGUUGGGAGUAUCAGGGACCCCUGCCCCUCCCCCCCCCGUGCACUGAGCUGUCCCCUCCAUCUCGGUUGCUGGUGGUGAGGUGGGGGUGUGCUGUUUUGCAGUGGGGGAGCGGGGGAUCCCCCUGCCCAGGGCACUGACCUCUCCCCUUCCCGCCUCCCAUCUCCGCUGUCCGUGGUGGGAGCCACCCCCACCCCCCACUCUGCCCAUUGCAGGCUGCGCUUGGUGCCCUCCCCAGCCAGCCAUCCCUCGCCAGGCUGGAGCAUGACACUGCAAGCGGGGACAUCCUCAGCCUGUCCCGGGCAACCAGCUCGCUCAGCCGUUUUGCUGACUGGCGGCUCCUUGCCAAACCCAGGGUUCCCCUGCACUAUUCCCCCCAACUUGGGGUCCCACCCACACCCCAACUCCCCCCUGAACAUGGCUACCCCCCCCUUCCAAAACAACCUGAACUCUUCAUACGCCACAGCCCACCCCCGCCCCUCCCCAUGAGCCACCUGGCAGCAGUGCCCUCCAUCGGACCAAACUGCUCUCCGUGUCGCCCUCCCACCCCCACCCCCCAGGGCCAGGCUGGCGCUCUCUGAGGCUGGACCCCGUCUGUGACUGGGGUUUCAGCACUCCUGCUUCACAGAUGUAUACAGAGCACUGUAUAACCAGAGUUGUCAUAACUAUAAAGGGAAGGGUAACAGCUCUCCUGUGUACAGUACUAUAAAAUCCCUCCUGGCCAGAGACUCCAAAAUCCUUUUACCUGUAAAGGGUUAAGAAGCUCGGAUAACCUGGCUGACACCUGACCCAAAGGACCAAUAAGGGGACAAGAUACUUUCAAAUCUUGGUGGGGGGGAAGGCUUUUGUUUGUGCUCUUUGUUUGGGAAGUCAUUCGCUCUUGGGACUGAGAGGGACCAGACAUCAAUCCACGUUCUCCACAUCUUUCUGAACAAGUCUCUCAGAUUUCAAACUUGUAAGUAAACAGCCAGGCAAGGCGUGUUAGUUUUUACUUUGUUUUCUCAACAUGUAAAUGUACCUUUUACUAGAGUGUUUACCUCUGUUUGCUGUACUUUGAAUCCGAUUUCUAACGCAGCGUUUUGCUCUGGCCUAUUGCUCUUUAAGUUUGAUUACCCUGUGAAGUUAUUUUCCAUCCUGAUUUUACAGAGAUGUUUUUUACCUUUUUUCUUUAAUUAAAAGCCUUCUUUUUAAGAACCUGAUUGAUUUCUCCUUGUUUUUAGAUCCAAGGGGGUUGGAUCUGUAUUCACCAGGGAAUUGGUGAAAGGUUUCUCAAGGCUUCCCAGGGAAGGGAAUCCACUUGGGAAUGGUGGCAGUGGACCAGAUCUAAGCUGGUAGUUAAGCUUAGCAGUUUUCAUGCAGGCCCCCACAUUUGUACCCUAAAGUUCAGAGUGGGGAAGCAGCCUUGACAAGAGUCUAGUGACUCUCUCACCCUGGGCUCUCCCCAGUAUAGACUCUUGUUCACACUAGUCGAAUGAUGUUCAAAUGCUGAGAAGGAGCAGGGAAGAGGCACAGAAAUGACUUGUGGCCUGGCCAGCAAACCUUAGAGCAGGCAACCCGAGGGGCUGCAGCUAGUCAGCUUGACUAAGCAGUUCCGAGGUCUGUCAUUAAGGUCUAUAGUCACCAAGCAGGAGGAGGUAGCUGCAUUUCAGGUUUUUGCUCAGGCAGACAAAGGUG